UUGAAUUCAAAUGGAACAGUGAAAUACUUCAAGGAUGGCGCGUUUGCCUUUAAGUACGCCAAGAAAAGGAAAGCUGAAGAUAUGCUCGCUUUCAUGAAGGAUCCCCAGAAGCCCGCCCCGUCUCCACCGCCACCUGACUGGAGUAAAGAGCCUGGUAAGGUGCAUUUCCUUACGAACGAGACGUGGGAUAAAUUCAUAGAAGAACAUUCCUCAGUGCUAGUCAUGCUGUUCAAUCCUCGCUGCGGUUAUUGUAAAUCCAUGAAGCCAGACUACUUCAAAGCCGCAGAGAUCCUGAGUGAGGAACUCCCAUCUGUGGCGUUAGCCGCCAUUGACUGCACUCAAUUCUGGUCCUUCUGUAAACAAAUGGAAAUUGCAGGAUAUCCCACAGGUAAAUUUCGUCGCUUAUUGAUAAUUUAAGCUUGCUUUAGGCUCUUGUAUAAAAUGCGCUACGUUUUCUAUAGUUAACGAUGCAGUUUCCAUGAAGAAUUGUACCGCGUACAGUAAAGAAUAUUUGCGUUCUAAGUAGCUCUGCGAAAUGCAGAAGUG